AUGGAUUUGAACGAUUUGAAGAAUACCGUCUCGAACCUGACCUUGUAUGAUCUCAAGGCUGGGUUCCGGAAGGCGCAAAAUGCUGUCAUGAAUUAUACCGAGAUGGAGGCAAAGGUACGAGAGGCGACGAAUAACGAGCCAUGGGGAGCAUCGUCCACUCUGAUGCAAGAGAUUGCCAACGGCACAUUCAAUUAUCAACAACUCAAUGAGAUUAUGCCAAUGAUCUAUCGUCGAUUCACAGAAAAGUCUGCAGAAGAGUGGCGCCAAAUCUAUAAGAGCUUACAGCUACUCGAAUUCCUCAUCAAGCAUGGUUCGGAGCGUGUUGUUGACGAUGCGCGCGGACACAUCACGCUUCUGAAAAUGCUGCGCCAGUUCCAUUUCAUUGACCAGAACGGCAAGGAUCAAGGUAUCAACGUACGAAACCGAGCCAAGGAACUUGCCGAGCUCCUGGGCGACGUUGAGCGGAUUCGCGCCGAGCGCAAAAAGGCCCGAGUAACAAAGAACAAGUACACCGGCGCUGAGGGAGGCAUGGGCAUGGGUGGCUUCUCAAGCGGAGGCAGCGGUCGCUUUGGCGGCUUCGGCAAUGAGUCUAGCUAUGGCGGUGGUGGUGGUGCCUCUGCAGACUACGGCGGAUACUCGGGUGGUGUAUAUGGCGAUGGCGGCGGCUUUGGUGGCCAAACGAGCGAUUUCCGCGACACCCAGAACCGGUCAGAGAGAUUUGAAGAGUACGACGAAUAUGACGAGGGAGUGCGUCCCGCGGCCAGUUCUUCUCGUCCCGCGAGAAGUUCAGCACGCUCUCCAGCCAAAAAGGAAACGGCGCCGCCUCCCAAGCAGAAAGAGCCUGAGGUGGACCUCUUCUCAUUUGAUGAGCCCGCUGCGGCUGCUCCAGCAGCCGCAUCCAGCAGCUCUGGACUGAGCGGAUUCGCUCCCCUCAGCACCGUCGCUGCUCCCGCCAACGAUGACGAUGACGAGUUUGACGACUUUCAAGAGGCAGCUCCCUCAGCGCCUGCAGCUCAGCCUUUAGCACCCUCUGCUGGCUUCUCUCAGCCCCUAUCCCCUACCUCACCGACGUCGCCGACGUAUUCAAACCUUGCUGCUCCCAAGCCUCUGUCGGCGCCGCAGCAAGCCGGCAUCAGUCAGAUGGUCAGCAUCGCUUCCAUCUCACCAGCCGGCAGCACCAAUGCCACGCCUGCUGCUGGGAACUCAGCAUUCAGCAUUCCGAUGCAGCCUGCCAAACCUGCAGGCUUCCAGCCCACAGGGCCCAACUACUUUGGCACUGUACAGGCUCAACCUACUGGAGGAUCUGUGUCAUCCCAGACUCCCACUGCCGGUCUGCAGCCCACCAACAAGUCCAAUGGCAAAGCAGCAGCCUCUGGCGGCGGAGAUGCAUUUGGUGCUCUCUGGGGCAAAGCCAGUGUCGGCAUCAAGAAGCCCAGCACUCCCACCGCCGGGCCAGCACUGGGCCAACUGGCCAAGGAGAAGAGCAGUGCUAGCAUCUGGGGAGCACCCGCAGCAAACCCCUCUUCAGCUCCACAGGGCGGUUCCGCCUCUGGAGAUUUGCUUGGGUAA